AGUACAAUAAUUUGCUCCUUUUUAACAUAAAGCGGAAAACAACAACAGUAUGUCCAAAAAAUCUAAAAUAUGAGCUGAAUGAAUUUUUGGUGGUAUCCAAACAGUACAAGCUAGUGUUCUUGCCUGCAGUUUCUGUCAUUGUACUCAUGAGGGCAGAGGAUAUCCUAAUGAAAGGCAUAUUUGGUGUUGAGAAAACACAGACCAUAUCUGUGAUGGAGGGAGAUUCUGUCACCCUACACACAGAUGUUACUGAACUACAGAGAUAUAAUGUGAUACUGUGGACAUUUGGACCUCAAGGCACUCACAUCGCUAAAAUCAGCAGUGUCCACAAUGAGACAUUUCAUGAUGAUGUUGAUGAGAGAUUCAGAGACAGACUCAAACUGGACUACCAGACUGGAUCUCUGACCAUCACAAACAUCAGCACAGAACACAAUGGACUUUAUAAAGUAGAAAUCGUCAAUGAAAAUAAGGUGUCAAGCAAGCAUUUCAUGGUUAAAAUCUAUGCUCAUCUCCCUGUUCCUAUGAUCACCAAAUACUAUCCUCAAAAUCCUUCAUCAUCAGUCUCCAGAUGUGUGCUGCUGUGUUCAGUGGAGAAUAUGAGACAUGUGACUCUCUCCUGGUACAAAGAAAACAGUUUAUUGUCCAGCAUCAGUGUGUCUGAUCUCAUCAGCAGCUUCUCUUUACACCUGGAUGUGGAAUAUGAGGAUAAAAACAUCUAUAGCUGUGUGAUCAACAAUCCCAUCAGCAACCAGACUCGACAUCUGGGCAUCUCUCAACACUAUCAGAUACAUUCAGUUGCUUCCUGUGUGCCUCAGCAACAGCAGGACCUGAGCUGCGAGGUGCAGAUGGUGCCCUGCAUCCUUCAAGAAUAA